GCACUGAUAGACACUGAUAGGAGGCAUUGAUAGGAGGCACGGAUGAGCUGGCACUGAUUAUGCUGCACUGAUAGGUGGCACUGAUGGGCGGCACUUCUGGGCAGCACUACAGUGCGGCACAGGUGGUUAGCACUGAUGGGCACAGUUGGGUGGCACUGAUGGGCACUGAUGGCAAUUGCCGGUUAUCAGCACUGAUCACGUGGUAAAAGGCCUCUGUGAUUGGCCAUUUACCAUAUCACAUGAUAAACUGUGUCUGUAGGACACAGCAAUCACCGGCGGCGCUGGGG